UUUCCCUCCCUCUCCUCUCCCUUCCUCGCGGUUCGCUCUCAUACUCCGUGAAGGUGAACGGCGUCCGAUUAAGCUGGUGAAAUUGGAAAUCCUCCGCCUCACGGCCACUAACAUCGUCCUUCUGUUCGAUGACCACCGUCUCAAAGCGUCUAAUCGCGCAGCAUCCGCGUCCCCAGUGAGUCGGCCUCCCUCCUCUACGCCAUUCCACAGCUUCCAUCGAUCCUUAUAUUAGAACGUUUAAGGUGAAGCUAGGGUUUUGAGGGUUUUGGGGAGAGGAAGAUACUGGACUUCACUCGAACACGGCAACGGGGUUGUGGUCGGCCGGAUUUCAAGCUAGACGGUAAGCUCUUGUGCAACCUAACCCGUCCGAGUUGUAGCGAGCCGGAGUUCGUUUCUCUCGUGGUCAUGGAUACAGCCAUUUCAACCCUUCUCAACUUCCGCCUCCUUCGGCCGCUUGAAAGCAAAUUCCUAUUGCAAGACCAACUCUCAGGAUCAGCAUGUAGGCGACUCGGGUGCCAAUUUCCAUUAAGUAGUGGCUUCCAUGAAAAAUCGCAACCUUCACUAUCCAAAAGGAGAACUGGAUGUCUGUCUCUUGCUAGGAAAUCCAUGCUGUUCUGCUCCUUGAACAAUAACACGACGCAAGCCCCAUCUUUUGAAGCCAAAGAAAGGUUUGCUUUGAUGAGGAGGGAUGAUGAAGCUGCUGACCUUCUUGGAUCUAAGGAGAAGGGUGUGGCAUCUAAUGCCUCCUUUGAGGAGGUUAGAGCUAAGAGGUUCAACAAUAGUUUCUUAAACUUCACACGACUUGGGUCCAUAAUUGAUGAUGCCAUGGAAUCCUUCUUCAAAAGUGAGAUCCGACGGAGGCUUUUUGUGACGGCUGUGCUGAUCAUAGUAAGCCGCCUUGGCUACUUCAUCCCACUACCCGGCUUUGAUCGCCGUUUGAUUCCAGAUACUUACCUCAGCUUUGCUGCUGGAUCAACAGAUGAGCUUGGUGACUUUACCAGUGAGCUGAAGCUAUCACUUUUCCAGCUUGGACUUGGUCCUCAGAUAUCAGCAUCAAUCCUUAUGCAGGUUCUCUGCCAUGUUGUUCCAUCUUUGGUAAAGCUACGGAAAGAAGGUUUAGAUGGUCAUGAGAAGAUUAAAAGCUAUAUAUGGUGGACCUCAUUGGGUUUUGCAGUACUGGGAGCUAUUAUUGUUGCUUGUUAUUCAAUGCAGUACUCAAUAUAUGCUGCUAUUGACAGAGCCAAGCAUGUUGCCGUCACAAGCUUUUUAUUAGUUAUUGGUGCUAUGUUUAUGACGUGGAUUUGUGAUACAAUAUCAGAAUCGGGAUUCGGUCAUGGUUCAUCAUUGAUAAUCUGUGCUGGUAUAUUGACUGGUUAUACCGAGACUUUACAGAAGAUGUUAGCUCAGUUAUCGGGAAAUAUGCUGAGUUGGUGGCCUUAUAUACUUUCUGUACUUGGAAUAUUCAUGGUGGUAACGAUGUGGGCCGUUCUAGUUACUGAAGGUUGUAGGAAGAUCAAGUUACAAUACUAUGGUUUUAAACUUGCUUCUUCAACAAGACAUGGAGGGUCACCAGUUACUGAGGUGGAGCCGUAUAUUCCUUUCAACAUUAAUCCUACAGGAAUGCAGCCUGUCCUUACUACCACGUAUCUAUUGGCUUUUCCGAGUAUCAUGGCAAGUAUCUUUGGGGCACCAUUUUGGGAAAACCUGAAAGAAAUUUUAAACCCUGGGACUUCUGUUGGUGCAAAACCAUGGGUUUACUACACCAUUUAUGCUUUUUUUGUCUUUUUGUUCAACAUAUUUGACAUUGCAAACUUACCGAAAGAAAUUGCUGAUUACAUGACAAAAAUGGGUGCCAGGAUACCAAAUGUAAAGCCUGGAAAAGCAACUAUAGAGUAUUUAGCAAAAAUUCAAACUUCAACUCGAUUUUGGGGAGGAUUAUUAUUGAGUGUAUUGGCUACGAGUUCUACCUUGCUUGAUCAUUAUUUACGUCAUAUCAAUGAGGGAUUUGCAGUUGGGCUUACGUCAGUUUUAAUCAUUGUUGGUUCGAUUAUAGAAUUGAGAAGAUCUUAUCAGGCAUAUAAUGUGAUGCCAGCCUUGAGCAAGGUUUUAAGGAGAUACGGUGUAUAGUAUACAUACAUCACAAUGAGUAAACAACACUUGUAGCGGUAUUGUGUGACUACACGAUAUCUGCCAAUGGAGGUACAGUGCAAGAGGUCACGUUCUCACGAAUGUAGAAGCUCUGAUUGUGAUUGGUAGCAUCUACUAUUGACAUGCAAAAAACCAACGUUAGAUCUCCAGAAACCCAGAGUUACAAAUGUGGGUUGACAAGAUGGAACAUUUAGUGAAGAUAUUUAGCGCAUAAUGACUAACCCUAUCGUAUCAGCAUA